GUUACUGAGACAGCAAGAUCACACUGUACACACACACACACACACACACACACACAGCCUGCACCUAUCAGAUGAUCACAGCAGCGCGAUGUGUACUGCCUCUGAUCUCCCGGCAGCAGAAGAUCCUGAUGAGCUGCUCGUAGAGCUGAAGCCCACCCGGCCCGCGCGCCUGUACGGAUCCGCGGGCUGCGAGACCUGGAGCGCGUGCUUCUCCCCGGACGGCUCGCGCUUCGCCUGGUCUCUGGGCCACGGUGUCGUUAAGGUACUGCCCUGGCCCCUGCCACUGCCCCCGCCACCGUCCCCGCCACUGUCCUGCGACCGUAAUGCUGAGGCUCCUGGUAGCAGUGAGGAGAAAACGUUGCAGUGUGAACAGAACGUGUGGGGGAUGGCGUUUGGUCCUCAACCGGCCAAUCGUACGAGAGCUGAAGGAAGUUGUGGGGUUACAGAGGACCUGCUCCUGGCGACGGGCCUCACUAACGGAGUGAUAAAGGUGUGGCUGGUCUCCACUGGACGGUUAAUGUUCAGUCUAACAGGACACACGUCGGUGGUGAGAGAUUUAGCCUUCGCUCCGAACGGAAGUCUCACUCUUGUCUCAGCCUCCAGAGACAAAACACUGAGAGUCUGGGACUUGUCCAUGAAAGGUACACCAUCCCACGUGCUGACUGGGCCAAAGAACUGGGUGUUCAAAUGCUCCAUAUCUCCAGAUAGCAGCAUGAUGGCCUCAGUCUGUAAUCUCGACUCUAAAGCGUAUCUGUGGAGCAUGAGAUCCUACACCCUCAUCCGGAACCUGAAAUAUGAUCACGAGCGGACCAUGGUAUCAUGUGAUUUCUCUCUGGAUGGAGCGCUGCUGGCGAUUGGCUCUUUUCAUUCCACUACAGGCUGGUGGCUGGACCUGUGGGACCCCUACACUGCUGAUCAGCUGACCAGAGUGGAGGACUGUGAUGUGUGUGUGUACAGAAAAGACAAUCUAUUGACGGCGUUAAGCUUCUCUCCUGUAAACCUGCAACUGGCUUUUAAAGACUACAGGGCGUUGCAGGUUUGGGACAUGGAACAAGAUAAACUGGUCCUGGAGGCGGACCACAACCGAGUCAGCGGCCUGUGCUGCGCCUUCCACCCACAAGGCAGCGCUAUAGCCACGGGGUGUCGGGACGGACAUGUGAAGUUCUGGAGAGUUCCUCGUCUGGUUCCCAGCCUGAGGAACCUGUGUAGGACGGCCCUGAGGCACUCGGUGUCCACCUUCCAAGUGACUGCUUUACCCCUCCCUAAGAAAAUUCUGGAAUUCCUCACCUACAGAGACAUAGCGAAGAAAAAGAUCCUGCGCUGCAGUGAACAUUAUAGAUGAGAAGCACAUUAUUCGUAGCAUCUAAUGAAGGACCUUGCUUUUAAAACUUGAAGAGAUAAUAUAACUUACAGGGAGCAUUCAGACAUGGAAAGGACACAAAGAGUGCAAGAACAAAUAUUUAUUGACAUUUUACAUACAUAAUACAUACACUGCUGCUAUAAAACUGCAAGAAGGUGGAUAUUUAACUGAAAGUACUGAAAUUUUGCACUUUAUUUUAUUUAUUUAACUUUUUUUUAAUGGAACUCAGCACAAAAUCCAUCCAACAGUCUCAACAGAAGAACAACCAACAAACCCAACAUGUCUGUGGUGCUCAGAUGUCAUGGGUUGAAAUAAGGCUUUAAAGAGGACUGGCACGCUGAUGACUAGCCUAGCUUAGCUUAGCUUAGCCUAGCCAUCACUGACCACUAUGUCUCUAACUGCCUGGAAAGCCGCCACCAUCGAGCUCAGCUGAAUCUUCUCGUUGGUUCCGGAUGCAAGACGAUACCUGAAACAGAGCAAAAACUACUGAAACGACUGCACUACAAUAAUUUAUCACUUCUUACGCACAAAAAUAGUAUUUUAAUUACUACGCACUAUUAUGUUUAGCUUAUUAUGACGUAGAUUUUUUUUGUUGUAUACUGGGGUUAGGCCUGUCCCAAUAACCCUCUUUAUGUUAGACAAUAUAUUAAGAAAAAAAAAAACAAUACUGUGAUUUAAUGAAACUCGACUGAUCAUUAGUGAUGUAUAGAAUAUUAUGCAACCAAAAUCAUAAAUCAAUUUCCUUGUA